AUGGUUCUUCCCAAAACCCUAGUAGCCUUGAUGGUGAGAAAAUGGAGGAAGAUUGAUGUAGUGAGAAGAACGUCAUUGUCAUCUUGCGAUAGAAGGGGUUAUUUCGUGGUUUACACCAUGGACAAAAGUCGCUAUGUGAUACCACUAAAGUAUCUGACGAAUGACGUGGUCCUGGAGGUACUGAGGAUGUCAGAGGAAGAGUUUGGGUUCUCAAGCGACAAACCAAUCGUGUUGCCAUUCGACACUUCUGUCAUGGAUCAGAUCAUUUUGUUGCUCUCCUCGCAAGGUGAAGUACUUGAGCAAGUACCGAGAAACGUCAUAGCUACGGCCAAGGGUUGCUCAUCAUCGACACAGAGUUCCUUUAUCCCACACCAUGCUUGUAAAAGCUUGUUUGUUCUACGACAGGUUUAA